UCCUAGGGAGGAAAAUGUGGUUGAAACCGCUGUGCUACUUCCUGUGGAUUUGGUCCUGUCUGGCCUAUGUUCAAUCCGUGCCUAUCCAGAAAGUCCAGGAUGACACGAAAACCCUCAUCAAGACCAUCGUCACCAGGAUCAAUGACAUUUCUCACACGCACUCUGUGUCCGCCAAGCAGAGGGUUACUGGUCUGGACUUCAUUCCUGGGCUUCACCCCAUCCUGACUCUGUCCAAGAUGGACCACACGCUCGCGGUCUACCAACACAUCCUGAACAGCCUGCCUUCCCCGAAUGUGCUGCAAAUAUCCAACGACCUAGAGAACCUCCGAGACCUUCUCCACCUGCUGGCCUCCUCCAAGAGCUGCUCCCUGCCUCCGACCAGUGGCCUGCAGAAGCCGGAGAGCCUGGACGGCGUCCUGGAAGCCUCACUCUACUCCACAGAGGUGGUGGCUCUGAGCAGGCUGCAGGGGGCUCUGCAGGAUAUUCUUCAACAGCUGGACCUGAGCCCUGAAUGCUGAGCUUUGGAGGAGCACCAGCCUCCCACAGAGCACGGUGAGGGAGGAAACCUCGGCCUCCAUGUGUCUUCAGGAGAUUCAUGUGUGCACAUCCCUCUUCUGGGACUCUGUCUGUUUCUCUCACUCCUCUAAUCACCCUUCCAAAGGCAUGACUCCACAACGCUUGACUAGAGACACACGG